AUGGCUAACUAUUUUAUGGGUAUUUUGGGAUUUUUGUUGAUCUUAAAUUAUUUGGGUAAUGCAAAGGGGAAAGUUGAACAACCUAAUCCUAAAAAUACGUUUAAUAGUUCUAAUAAUUUUUUAAUAGGCACAUGUAUAAAUGUUGCAAAUGGAUUAUUAUAUUAUGAUGAACUAAUAAAAAAUUACAAUUAUGAUAGAAAUUGUUUGAUAUAUAAGGAAAUAGGAAAUCUUGUAUUGGAAAAAUAUAGGUUGGAGCAUUAUAAUUGUUAUAGUAAAAUACAAAAGGCUUUGUGUAAAAUCAGAUAUGUGGAUAUAAAGGGUAACCAAAAAGGAAAGGAAAAAUGUGAGUCUAAUAAUAUUCAUGUAAGUCCUAUUAUUCAAAAUAUUGGCCUUGACAAAAACGUGGAAAUUGCGUUGGAAAAAACAAAUAAUAACAUAAUAGGUGAUACUUUAUCGAUAAAAAAAGAGAAUGAUAAUACAGAACGAAAUGAUGGAAAUGAACAAUGUAAUAGUAGCGUGCUCAAUAUAGACAACUCAAAUGGUAUACGCGAAGAAGACGAGGAAAAUAGUCGAUGCAAUAUUGCUAAGGAUUUAUUCACUUCAUUGAUUAAAAAAUGCACAGAAAAUAAAUGGAAAAAUGAGUUAAUUCAUUGUGAAACUUUUGAUAUAGAAAAAAAUAUAAUUUUAAAUGGAGAGGCAUUUUGUGAAAAGUCUUAUGAAAGAAAAAUGAUAGAAGAUAAAAAAAUAAAAAAUAAAAUAUAUAAAUCAGUUUAUGGCAAUAAUACAUAUAAGAAAUUGAUAAUAAAACCAAUUAAAUUUAAAAAACAUGAAUAUUCGGCAUGUGCAAAUAUGGUCAACAUUUAUAAUAACUGUUCAGUUGUUGAACAAAAAUUAAAAAAUAAUAAAGACAUUGACUUUUGCUUAUUACAACGAAGUAAUGAUUUUUGUAAUAGUAAAAUAAAGGUAGAAAAUAAUAAACAUUAUAUUAACACAUGCUCUGAUAUUAUAUUACCUUAUUUAUUAAGCUCAGAAAAUGAUGAUAACUUAGCAUAUAUUCAAAUGUGUUAUAAUAUUAGCAAUUAUAUAGAUAUAUUGGAUAAAAAAAAAUUACAAUAUUUAAAACAAAAAAAAAAAUAUGAACAAAAUAUAAGCAAUAUUAAUAUUACACAAAAAUUAUAUAAAAUAGUUAAAAAAAACUUCCAAAUUUUGAAUGAAGAAAAUGAUAAAUAUUAUGAACAUAUUAAUAAUUUAUUCAAUAUUUUAUUAGGAGCAAAACAAAAUAAUAAACUAUUAUUAUCUAAUAAUUGCAUAACCAAAUUAAAUAAUCUCAGUGAAAAAACUAAUUAUUUAUAUCAUAAAGUUAAUUCAAUUGAAUAUCCUGAUAUUAAUACAAAUUUGAUAGGCACAAAUAUUGAUUUUAUAAAUAAAAACAAAAUAAAUAUAGAAGAUAUAAUAAAAAUUCAGAUGGACAUUUCAGUUGCCUCAGAUGAAAUAAGACAGUGUGUUAAUGAGAAGGAAGGAAAUAAAAAAAGUGACAAUAAAACUCAAUCAGAUAAUAUUAACAUAUAUAAGGAUAACAAAUUUGCUGAAUUGAAUUAUGAUGAGCUUAAUAAACUGAAGCAUAAAGGAAGUCAUAUAAAUAAAUUAAUUCAAAAUUAUGCAACAAAAAGUAACAAUUCAAUUUUAAAAAAUAAUGAGGAAUUAAUCAAUAACUUUAAAAAUGAUAUUAAAAAAAUGAAUAAUAUGAUAGAAAUAUUUACAAGCCAAAUUAAUUUAUUAAUAAAAAAUGGUUUAUCAUAA